AUGCGUCAAGGUACCUGCAGGGACUUUGGGCCUUGCCGCGGCUUCUUUGGUCGUCGCGGCGCGAAACUGUCUUAUAUCGUAGGGACGCCGCUGGUACCGUCUCGGCAUACCAGGCUUUUCGUAGCCGGAAUUUUGGACAAGCCGCGGGACAUAGGCGUGGAGCAAGCAGUGCACAACGGCAUGUCGCUGCUUCCCUCCGUAAUGCUGUUCGACGCGCUUCACGAUUCAAGGCGGAGAAACGCGAAUGUUGCAACGACGGAUGCGCUUCGGUGGUCUAGUAGCCCAUCUUGGUACUCGCUUGUCGUGCUUCAUGAGCCUCGGACGCUUGAGCUCUCGUACACACCAUUGUUCGCCCUUGGCAAGGCCCCACGGGACUGCGAUAUUCUGCGCGGGAGAGAAGGCAUCGGCCAUUUUCCAAGUUGCUCGAGUAUGGUCGUGGUUAAAAGAGUCGAGGUCAAAGACGUUCUCGAAAAGCGCAGUCGUUAA